CUGACAGCGCAGGACAACACUGACGUGACUGUGCACAGAAUGAUGGGAUACUGGAGGUCCCGUUUGUCCAAGGCAUGGUGUUACGGAAAGUGAAAUCUGCUGCUGUUCUUUCCUCCAUCCCUCUACAGAUAGCUUUCUACUUCAAUGUGUUUUAUUAUUCUUUUUAUUUUCUUGCCACGUUGCUAAUGAUUAUCUACAAAAGUCAGGUAUUCAGUUUUCCGGAUGGUUACCUGGCGGUUGAUCUGAUUCUUCUGAUUCUCAUGUUAAUUCUGGAAGUGAUAAGGCUAUACUUUGGUUUUAAAGGUAACCUGACUGAAGAGGAGGUUCCGAUUGUUACUAGCUUGGUCCUGACCAUUGGAAGUGUGAUGCUUUCUCUGUACUACUUGUUGUGGCAGACCUAUGUGCUGAAAGCAGAUGUAAUAAUAAAUGCAGCCCUCCUGGUAACCUACGGAUUAGAGGGGAUUUUGGCCAUAAUUGCUGUUUCAGCUCUUACCAGGCUCUACACAUGAAGUGACUGGAAUGAUGCAUCUUUUCUUUGCGUCACCAAGACAUUUCCACCAUCAGGAGUUAUUUGCAGUUGUCAGUAGGAUCAAAUCAACACUUUUGUUUUACAAUUUAGCUUUUAUUUUUGAUGGGAAAUUUGGGUAAGUUUCUGCCUUGUAUGCCUAUCUUUUCAGAAGCUUGUAGCCAUGCAGAUGCCCCAUGUAGUCAAUGACUAAGAGACACCAGACAGUAUUCUGCAAUCACUAUUGUUCAGACUAGGAGCUGAGCUUAUUGUGUGGAGUGGGUGUUGAACCGCUAUCUAUUCAAGCUUUGCGUUCUGCAAUGAAUGACAUCAUUGUGGUAUCAAUUCAAUGAAAUGAUUUUUUGCACAAGGUUGAUUCUAAAUUUAGCCCUGGAGGGAAAUGAGAUUUCCUGAAGAGGAAUAAAUUUCAAGUCUUAAGGAUGCUUGGAUCAUGAGAUGUAACAAUUUUAUAUAUAUUUGUACCACAAUAAAAUCAUUAAUAUGGA